AUGAAGCAAACGCUUCAAGCGACGAGAGAUAACACCGAUAUCCGCGUAUGCGCUGCAAGUGAUGCUUGUCAAACCUCGCCGUGCAAACUGCAUCCAGCGGAUACAACCGACGACCGAGUGUUCCACACGCACAUUCAAGUGCGACCAGCAUUGCCUCAUCGGAUUAUUUGUUUGCUCGUCAGUCAAGGACAACGGCGGGCAUGCCGGCAGCCGAGGUUGAUGUCGCUGUCGAUGCUGAUGCCCCUCAUGGAUUCUCGUCAAAUGCCCGCAAAGAGCCGAGUUCUGGAACAGUCUCGUCGCCGAAUACAUUGCUCGAUCAUGUCUCAGAUCAGCCGCAAUAACUGGACGGAGGAUCAAUACGGCGGUGGUUUUGACAGGUGCGCCUGCAAAGUAGCGCAGCGACAGCAGCCACUUGUUUCGAAACGCCUCUGGCUGAACCCUCGCAUGGUGUCAACGGCUUUGUGA